AUGGACGACGAUAUUCAAGCCGUAGUAAUUGACAAUGGAUCGGGAAUGUGCAAGGCGGGGUUCGCUGGCGAUGACGCCCCACGUGCCGUGUUCCCGUCCAUUGUGGGCAUGCCCAAACACCUAGGUAUCAUGGUGGGAAUGAACCAGAAAGACGCUUACAUUGGGGAUGAAGCGCAAGCGAAACGUGGCGUCUUGACGUUGAGAUACCCAAUUGAGCACGGGAUCGUGACGAACUGGGAUGACAUGGAGAAGAUCUGGAGUCACACGUUCUACAACGAGCUGCGUGUAGCUCCAGAAGAGCAUCCAGUGCUCUUAACGGAGGCUCCACUCAACCCUAAAGCGAACCGCGAACGCAUGACUCAGAUCAUGUUCGAGACCUUCAAUGUGCCAGCGAUGUACGUAAACAUCCAGGCGGUGCUGUCGUUGUAUGCCUCUGGUCGUACUACAGGCUGCGUACUCGACUCGGGUGAUGGAGUCUCGCACACUGUACCUAUUUACGAAGGUUAUGCACUCCCCCACGCUAUUGUGCGUCUAGAUCUGGCUGGGCGAGACUUGACGGACUACAUGAUGAAGAUUUUAACUGAGCGUGGGUACUCAUUCACCACUACAGCCGAGCGAGAAAUCGUGCGGGAUAUCAAGGAGAAGUUGACGUAUGUAGCAAUGGACUUUGACGAGGAGAUGGAGAAAUCUACUCGAUCUUCAGCAUUAGACAAGACGUACGAACUGCCUGAUGGGAACGUCAUUGUGAUCGGGAACGAGCGCUUCCGUACCCCUGAGGUGCUAUUUAAUCCGUCCAUGAUUGGUCGCGAAUGCUCUGGAGUUCACGAGUGCGCUUUCCAGACGGUCAUGAAGUGUGACGUCGAUAUUCGCCGGGACUUGUACAGCAACGUGGUGCUGUCCGGUGGCUCGACAAUGUUCCCUGGGAUUGGUGAGCGCAUGACCAAGGAGGUGAUUAAACUAGCUCCAACGGCGAUGAAAGUCAAGAUCAUCACGCCACCUGAACGCAAGUACUCGGUCUGGAUUGGAGGCUCGAUUCUGGCCUCGCUGGCCACGUUCCAGCACAUGUGGAUCUCCAAGACCGAAUACGAUGAGUCGGGACCAUCUAUCGUCCACCGCAAGUGCUUCUAA